UUCAAUAAUGCCUGCCUACUUCAUUCACCAAUUACCUUUUCUGUCUCUAUGUAUGCUUCAUCAGUAUCACCUCAAAAGUUCCCUGAAAUAUAAAAGUCCCUCUCUGCCAUCCAAAGAGAUCUGUUUAUCUUUUCUCUGCCUUUUCAGAUACCCUUUCCAACUCUUCUUCAACUUUCUUUCUUCAUAAAAAUUUCCAUUUCAGUCUUUUACUUCACAUGCUUCACCCAGUUAUUAUCUUCACAAGUAAUACAAAAAAAAAAAAACCAUUUUUUUAGCUUCAUUUUGAUUCAAAGUUAGUAAAGUUUUGAUUUUUUCAACUUGGUCUUUGAAUUCUUGAUGGAGGGUAAAAAAUUCAGGAUAUAUUUUGUUCUUAUGAUGUUAUUUGCUACAUCAGUGUUGGAAGUGGGUGGAAUUGGAGUUAACUGGGGAACACAGUCAACACAUCCAUUACCACCAUCUACAGUAGUGAAAAUGUUAAAAGAUAAUGGUAUUCAAAAAGUUAAGCUUUUUGAUGCUGAUCCAAAUAUUCUUGAUGCUUUAAAGAAAUCUGGGAUUCAAGUUAUGGUUGGUAUACCAAAUGAUUUGCUUUAUACUAUGGCUAAUAGUCGUCAAGCUGCUGAAAAAUGGGUUGCUAAGAAUGUUUCAGCUCAUGUUUCAUCUGGUGGUGUAGAUAUCAGGUACAUUGCUGUUGGAAACGAACCUUUCUUGUCAACUUACAACGGUACCUUUGAAGCCACAACACUUCCAGCUCUUGUAAAUAUCCAAAACGCUCUUAUAAAAGCUGGUUUGGGAAGUUCAAUCAAAGUCACCGUCCCUUCAAAUGCUGAUGUGUAUCAGAGCUCAUCAGGUAACCCUUCCGAUGGCGACUUUAGGACAGACAUCCAUGAUCUCAUGGUUCAGAUUGUCAAGUUUUUGAGUCAGAACAAUGCUCCAUUUACAGUGAACAUUUAUCCUUUUAUUAGUCUCUAUGAAGAUCCCAAUUUUCCAGUUGACUAUGCAUUUUUCAACGGUUUUAGUGAUCCUUUAAACGACAACGGGAAGAUCUACGACAAUGUCUUUGAUGCUAACUAUGAUACUCUAGUAUGGGCGUUGAAUAAGAAUGGUUUUGGUAACAUGCCCAUAAUUGUUGGAGAGAUCGGUUGGCCUACAGACGGAGACAGAAACGGAAAUCUUCAACUCGCGCAACGUUUUAACCAAGGUUUCAUGACUCGAUUUAUUGCCGGAAAGGGGACUCCAUUGAGACCUGGUCCUAUGGAUGCAUACUUGUUUAGUUUAGUAGAUGAAGACAACAAAAGCAUUCAACCGGGCAACUUUGAACGUCAUUGGGGAUUGUUUUACUACGAUGGACGACCGAAAUACCAACUCACCAUUGGAUCAAGAACCAACGGACUAGUAGGUGCUACCGGAGUAGCACAUUUGCCCAAGAAGUGGUGUAUUUUGAAACCCUCAGCGAACCUGAACAGUGAUCAAGUUGCACCGAGUGUGUCUUAUGCUUGCCAAAAUGCAGAUUGCACUAGUCUUGGCUAUGGAACUUCAUGUGGUGGUUUAGAUAUCCGCGGUAACAUCUCAUAUGCGUUUAAUAGCUACUAUCAGGUGAAUGAUCAGGUUGAUGGCGCUUGCAAAUUUCCCGGUCUUUCCACGGUCACUGACAGAGAUCCUUCAACUCAGGAUUGCACAUUCCAAAUCAUGAUCCAAACUGAUUCUGCAAGAAAAAUUGGGUCUCUUAGAAUAGUACUGUUUGCUUUUUUGGUUGUUGCUUUUUUGUAAUCUUAAAUACUAUAAAGAUUCUGGAUUUUUAAUUCAUUUUUGGAUAAAGUAAACUGUAUUUAUUUUGAUUAUCAUAUUUAACAAAUUGGAUGUAUCUGCCAAAGGAAAA